AUGGCGGCAACUUUUAGUGAGCCCGUUGCCAUCAUUGGCACGGGAUGCAGGUUUCCCGGCCAGUGCAACACACCUUCCAAGUUAUGGGAACUUUUGCAAACGCCCAAAGACCUGCUGAAAGAGAUUCCAGAAAACAGAUUCAGCACGGAGGCAUUUUACCACCCUCAGAAUUACCACCACGGAACAUGCAAUGUGCGACAUUCCUAUUUUUUGGAGGAGGACCUCCGCGGUUUUGAUGCCCAAUUUUUCGGCAUUAACCCCGUCGAAGCCCAUUCUGUCGACCCCCAGCAGCGCCUACUUCUCGAAACCGUCUACGAAAGUCUCGAGGCUGCUGGAUUGUCCAUGAAGGAGAUGCAAGGGUCCGACACGGCCGUUUACGUUGGCGUUAUGAGCGCCGAUUUUACAGACAUGAUUGGACGCGAUCCCGAGACCUUUCCCACGUAUUUUGCCACGGGAACGGCAAGAAGUAUUCUCAGUAACAGGCUGUCUUUUUUCUUUGACUGGAGAGGUCCAUCCAUGACCAUAGACACGGCUUGUUCAUCGUCUCUCAUUGGUGAGUAUACCAAAAACCAAUUUCGUCUCGAACCUCCCAGCCUUUGUCUCCGUGGCGUGAUGCUAACGCAUUCGCAGUGGGUGUUCCUAAUCGAUGAUUUUUUUCGAACACAAUCCUACAAAGAGCCUAGGACUGGCGCUAACAAACCGGACUGUGCUGAGCAGGUGGCCGGAUCGAACCUGAUCCUGGGCUCCGAACAAUACAUCGCUGAGAGCAAGCUACAAAUGCUUUCGCCCACUGGCAGAAGCCGCAUGUGGGAUGCCGAUGCAGACGGCUAUGCUAGAGGUGAAGGCGUUGCAGCCAUUGUGCUCAAAAAGCUAAGCCAGGCAAUUGCAGAUGGUGAUCAUAUCGAGUGCAUCAUCCGCGAGACCGGCGCCAACCAAGAUGGCAGAACACCCGGCAUCACCAUGCCAAGUGCCACUGCCCAGGAGGCCUUAAUCCGGACAACAUACAAAAAGGCCGGGCUGGACAUAAGCAAACGUUCUGACCGCCCUCAGUUCUUCGAGGCUCACGGCACAGGUACUCCUGCCGGCGAUCCCAUUGAGGCGAGGGCAGUCAGCAACGCAUUCUUUGGGCCGAGGUCUCACUUCAGUCCCACAAGUCCCGACGACACUUUGUUCGUGGGGUCAAUCAAGACAGUCGUCGGUCAUACAGAAGGAACAGCGGGUCUGGCCGCCGUGAUCAAGGCCUCGCUGGCACUCCAGGCCGGCGUCGUCCCCCCCAAUAUGCACCUGAGCAAGUUGAAUCCCAAGAUUGAGCCCUUCUACGGAAAUGUACAGAUCCUGUCGGAAGCGCGGCAAUGGCCCAAGCUUGCAGAGGGCGGCGUGCGAAGAGUCAGCGUCAACAGUUUUGGCUUCGGAGGCGCCAACUGCCAUGCCAUUCUCGAGGCCUACGAGCCCGAGUCGACACUUGACCGGCGGCGGUAUAACAAGAGGACAGGGAAAUGCUUCACGCCCUUCCUCUUCUCGGCAGCAACCGAAAAUGCACUGGCAGCUCAGCUCGACAAGUACCGAGCCCAUGUCGCUUGUGGAAACGCGAGCGCGCCGGGAGACCUGAAGAAGUUAUCACUGACGCUCAGCAAUCGCCGAUCUGCGCUCCCUUGGCGGGCGGUAGUGCCGGCUUCCAACAGUGUCGAGCGCCUGAUUGAAAACCUCGAUCAAUGCAACGACUUCACCAACGAAACAUCUGCCAGCUCGCUCGGCACAAGACCCCGUAUUCUCGGCAUCUUCACCGGCCAGGGUGCUCAAUGGCCGCGCAUGGGAGCUGCACUGAUCGAAAGCUCUCCCGCCGCUGCCAAGAUACUCGCGCGUCUGGACGAGAGUCUUCGGUUACUCCCCAUACGGGAUCGUCCGACUUGGUCGCUGCGUGAAAAGAUCUUGGAGGGUGCCGAAUCGUCCUCGGUCGCCAUGGCCUUUAUAUCUCAGCCUGUUUGCGCAGCCGUGCAGAUCAUGCUCGUCGACAUGCUCAGGGCAGCCGGUAUCGAGUUUUCAGGGGUAUUGGGCCAUUCCUCGGGCGAGAUAAGUGCAGCGUACGCAGCGGGAUAUCUCUCUUCCGAGGACGCCAUCCGCGCAGCAUACUACCGCGGCUUCCAUAUGAAAUCGCUGACCCAAAAAAAGGGGGCAAUGAUUGCGGUGGGGACCUCGUACGACGACGCCAAGGAGCUUUGCGAUCUUCCGGCCUUCGAGGGACGCGUGUGCGUCGCAGCGAGCAAUUCGCCAUUCAGUGUGACUUUGUCCGGCGAUGCUGAUGCCAUCGAUGAGGUAAAGGCGUUGAUGGACGAGGAGAAAAAGUUCAACCGCCUCCUCCAAGUCGACCGGGCCUAUCAUUCGCACCACAUGAAGGCCUGCGCGGCAGCUUACAUGGCGUCUUUGCAGCAAUGUGGCGUCCGAACUCUUACGCGGACGGCUGCCUCCAGCCGUUGCCAAUGGGUUUCUAGUGUUUACGUUCGCCAUUCUGCAGAGCUGGCUGCAGAGGGCGGUCUUGAAGCCAAAUAUUGGGCCAGCAACCUGACCAUGCCCGUCAUGUUCACCGAGGCGUUACAAAAGCUUCUCGGCGACUGCAAAGAUGGAAAAGCCUACGAUCUGGCCAUCGAGGUUGGACCGCACCCGGCGCUCAAGGGGCCUGCAGUACAGACCAUGUCCGAAUUCCUUGGUGGACAGUCCAUCCCAUACACAGGCGUAUUGUCCCGGGGCAAAGACGACGUAGAGUCGUUCUCGACAACGCUUGGAUACAUAUGGCGCACCCUGGGAGAAGGAGCAGUGGACUUUCUUGGCUACAGCCGGUUCAUGAACGAGGAGCAAGGAGAAGCGACAAUAACACCCCUGAACGGCCUGCCGACUUACCCGUGGGAUCACCACCGCAAGUUCUGGCACGAGUCGCGUCUCUCGCGUGCUUACAGGUUCAACAAAGACCCGGUCAACGAGCUCCUCGGCCGUCAGAUACUGGACGGCGCUCCGGAUCAGCUCCGCUGGCGUAACGUGCUCAAGCGCAACGAGCUGGACUGGCUAGAUGGUCACCAGGUUCAGCGUCAAACCGUCUUCCCAUUUAUGGGAUACGUGUCUGCAUGUGUGGAGGCCGCUAUGAAGAUUCGUGGCGAUGCUAAUGUUCAAUCUAUCGAGCUCCAGAAUUUUAAGGUCGGCCAGGCUGUCGCAUUUAAUGAUGACGACUCGUGGAUCGAGAUCUUGGUCGUUCUUGACAGCAUCAAGGAAUCCAAAGUCAAAGGAACCAAGACGAUAUCAGCCCAUUUCGCAUUUCAUUCCUCAUCCAACAAUGAGACCGUGGAUAUGACAACCCACGCCGGCUGCGAUGUCCUUGUCACGUAUGGUGACAGCAUCAGUGAUCUUCUCCCGCCGCCAGAGAUCCAAGCCGAUGACGAAUACUUCAUGCUGGGUGUCGAGUCGGAUCGGUUCUACAACGUUCUCGACGACAUCGGGCUUGGGUAUACUGGGCCCUUCCGAGCACUCUCGGGGCUGCAGCGAAAGUUGGGCAAGGCUACGGGCCGUAUCAAGAAUCCCGCGAGCAGCAAGCUUUGGCGAAAGCCUCUUCUCGUGCACCCGGCAAUGUUGGAUGCGGGCAUCCAGUCUAUCAUGCUGGCCUACUGUUAUCCGGGAGACACUAUGAUGCGCUCGAUAUAUCUCCCGACCGGCAUCCGGCGGCUCAUCAUCAACCCAGAGCACUGUCAAACCUUUGCGGGUGAGGAGACAGACGUACUGUUUCAGUCGUCGGCAUCAGUGGACGAUCCUCAAGGUCUCUCUGGAGACGUGAGCAUAUAUGCACCCGGAGGACUCUCUUGCAAGGCAAUUCAGGUCGAGGGGCUCCAAACGCAGCCUCUUUUUAACCCCACCGAGGCGAACGAUUUAAAUAUUUUCACCGAGCUGGUAUGGGGUGUUGAUCGCCCCGAUGCCAAAGAAAUCGUUAACAAGGUUGAUGUUCAGCAGCUCGAUGGAGAUCUGCUUUUCUCCCUUGAACGGGUGGCGUACUAUUACCUGCGAAUUUUGGACAAGUCCAUACCUCUUAGCCAGCGCACAGGCAUCGAUUGGCACUUCGGUCAACUGUUUGCCUACGUGGAUCACGUCCUCUCUCGAGUGGAACGCGGGACGAACCGCUUUGCCAGGAAAGAGUGGCAGCAUGAUACCAAAGAAAUAAUCCUCGAAAUCCUUGAGAGGUAUCCCGAUAACAUUGACCUCAGGCUCAUGCGAGCUGUGGGCGAAAACAUUGCUGCCGUUAUCCGUGGCGAAAUCACCAUGUUGGAGCCUAUGCUGCAAAACAAUAUGCUCAACGAUUUUUACGUCGUCGCACAUGGUAUGCCUCGUUAUACUAAAUAUCUGGCCUCUUUGGCUAGUCAAAUCGGUCACAGAUACCCUCACAUGCACGUUCUUGAAAUUGGUGCCGGCACGGGUGGUGCCACCAAAUCGUUCCUCGGAGCGCUGGACGACAAAUUUUCGACCUACACCUUUACCGAUAUUUCUAGUGGCUUUUUCGAAAAGGCGAGGAGUGUAUUUGCGUCGUAUAGUGCGAAAAUGAGCUUCAAAAUGCUUAAUAUCGAAAAGGAUAUCGGAGACCAGGGAUUCGUCGAAGGGUCCUACGACGUGGUUAUCGCAUCUUUGGUCCUUCACGCUACACGAAAUUUGGGCCAAACGCUUCGAAAUGUCCGCCGUCUUCUUAAGCCCGGUGGCUAUCUCCUGCUUCUUGAAAUCACAGAAAACGACCAGAUGAGAUUUGGCUUGCUUUUUGGUGGUCUCGAAGGCUGGUGGCUCGGCUACGACGACGGCCGAGCCCUAUCCCCUUGCAUUAACAUCGAGGAAUGGGAGAAAUACCUGAAGCAGACGGGUUUCUCGGGGAUCGACACGUUAAUGCCCCAUGAUGAGAUACUCCCCGUUCCUUUGUCCGUCAUCGUAUCUCAGGCCGUCGACGAAAGGACCGAGCUCCUGAAACAGCCGUUGCAGCGACUGGAUCCAUCGACAACACUCGUGCCGCAGCUGACAAUCAUCGGCAGCGGGGCAUUGGCAGAGGAAGUCCAUCGUCUCUUGCGCCCGUUCUGUGGCCGCGUCAACGUUAUCGAGUCGCUCGGCCACAUGGGUGCCGACCAACUCCCUGUUGGAGGUGCCGUAAUCUGCCUGGCUGACAUUCAGGAGCCGGUCUUCAAGUCGAUGGACGCAGACAAGCUGCGUGGAUUCCAGACAAUCUUCAAGCAGUCCGGCAGUGCUCUCUGGGUUACUCAGGGCACCCUCAACGGAAACCCCUACUCCCGCAUGGUGAUAGGAUUCGGCCGCACAAUAGUACUGGAGAUGUUGCAUCUGCGCUUACAAUUCCUCGACCUCGAUCACGAGGCACCUGCUGAUCCUACUGCGAUUGUCGAGACUUUUAUACGCCUGCACCUGGCAGAGAACUGGAAGAACGACGGCGUGAAGAUCACACCUUUACUCCACUCGGUCGAGCCCGAAAUGCACAUUGAUAAGGAGGGUCGGGGGUUCAUUCCUCGGUUCAAGCUGAACAAGAAACAGAACGAUCGGUACAACUCGGGACGACGCAAGAUAGUCAAAGAAGUGCCACUCCGACAACAGCCCGUCGAACUUGUUCCGCCCAAGUCGGAAGAUGCCUCAUGGUUGCUGGCAGAGGGCAAGAAUAUGCCUGAGCUCAAAGGAGCCAUAGAUAUUGAUGUCUUUUACACUGUCACUCGGGCCGUCGAGGUAUCGGGAGGAACUUUUCUGUACGCCGUGCUGGGGGCAAGACGAGACACGAAAGAGGUGGUGCUAGCGCUUUCGCCGACGCAGGCUUCCAUCAUCAGAGUCCCUCAAGCUUUUAUCAUUCCUGCUCAGGACUCAGUGGAAUAUCUUCAAUUGUUCUACACAGAGCUCCUUGCCCGUGCCGUCCUCAGAGACGUUGCGGCCGGGACAGUUGUUGUCGUUCUGCGACCUACCAGCAUGCUUAGCUGCGCGGUCGAUCGUCUCGCCGCGGACAGGGGAGCCAGAGUCCUCCAUCUUGCCGAUGAACCUGGCUCGGAUUGGGACUACCUUCAUCACAAAUCCUCAAAAGUCCAAGUUCAGGACUGGGUGAAAUCUAGGCUCGGAACCGAAGCUCCACCCGCUGUGUUGCUACUAGAUUUCGGCGCGGACCAGUUCCUCUUGGCAUACCUCCUGGAAUGCCUGCCGGCAGAGGUUACUCGGGCCAUGGUUGGCGCUCAGUCCACUUCCUCCAAGGCGCGUAUGAAACUGGGGCAGUCGGAGCAGGAAAUCAGGUCUUUCCUCGCUGAUGUCAGGUAUGCCCUGCUGCCAGCCCAGCAAACACACCAAUCGAGCAAAGGGCGCUCAAGCUUGAAGGUUUUCACUCUGGAGCACUUGACAACGAACAGAGCUGGCAGCGACGUGUCUGUGGUGUCCUGGCCUGCCGGCACCAGCACCAUUCCAGUUCAGGUCCAACCUGUCAAUUCCAAGGUCACCUUCAGCAAUGACAAGACAUACUGGCUUGUUGGCCUUUCCGGCACUUUGGGUCUGUCACUCUGUGAGUGGAUGGCUCAGCAGGGGGCUCGUUAUAUUGUCAUCACCAGCCGGAAUCCCAACGUCGACGAGAGGUGGAAAAAUAAAAUGGAAAAAUUGGGAAUCAAGGUCGAAAUAAUUGCCAACAACAUCUGCGACCGAAAGUCCGUCCGAUCCGUCUACAGCCACAUCUGUCAAACCAUGCCUCCAAUCGGAGGAGUCGCCCAAGGAGCCAUGGUCCUUCACGAUACUGCGUUUUCGGAGCUUGAUUUGGAACGAAUUAACAAAGUGAUGCAACCAAAAGUGAAUGGGAGUAUUUAUUUGGAAGAGAUAUUCCAUAACACCCCUUUGGAAUUUUUCGUCUUUUUUUCCUCCAUGGCUUGCGUAACUGGAAAUCCAGGCCAAUCCGCCUACGCCGCUGCCAACAUGUUUAUGUCGGGCUUGGCGGUUCAACGUAGGAAAAGAGGCCUUAAUGCCUCCGUGGUACACAUCGGUGCCAUCUUCGGCAACGGUUACGUGACCAGAGAGUUGAGCCUGGAACAGCAAAAUUUCUUGCGCAAGGUCGGCAACAUGUGGCUUUCGGAACAAGACUUUAGACAGCUGUUUGCCGAGGCGGUUCUUGCCGGUCAGCCUGAGAAUACGGGAUCUCCGGAGCUCUCCACCGGAAUGAUGACCAUAGAUAACAGCGAAGGCACCAAGGAAAACAUCACUUGGUUCGAUAAUCCCAUGUUCCAGCACUGCAUCAAAGAGAGCACAGACGGUAAAUUGGGUGGCCAGACCGCCAAGGGUCGAGCCGUGCCGGUGAAGACUCAACUCCUAGAGGCUAUCAACUCGGCCGAGGUCUACGAGAUUAUUCACGAUGCAUUUGCUGCCAAACUGCGGUCUAGUUUGCAGCUUGAAGACGAUCGGCCUAUUGUUGAUCAGACAGCCGACACACUUGGCAUAGACUCCCUCUUCGCCGUUGACAUCAGGUCAUGGUUCAUCAAAGAGCUCCAACUUGAGAUCCCGGUUCUCAAGAUCCUGGGCGGAGCAACAGUCGGCGAGAUCCUCGAGACUGCGCAACAGUUGUUACCCAUGGAGCUGCUCCCCAAGAUGGACCCCAACGACAAGAGCCCCGCGAGGAAACUAAAAGCACAACCCGACAGCAGCCCAGACAAGGCUGCUUCGGCUGAAAGGUCUCGUGCAAAAGCCCAAACGGCCAUCGAAAACGAUGGUGACCGCAAGUUUGCUGCUACAAGGGCGGAAUCCGGCGCCAAGAAAGGAGAAACAGUCUCCAAGAAAGUGGAAGCCGUCACGCGCCCCUCGGUGCAGUGGCAGGUGCCUGUUGAACCCAGUACAGCGGUCGGUGAUCUGGAUGACAAAUCGUUUCCUGGUGAAGAUGGAGUCAGAUUAAGGGCUGGUAGUUUGGACACGACCUUUACCCACAAGUCUUCUGCUUCUUCGAGUGCGUCGAUUUUGGACGCAUCUGAAGACCAAUCAGCCGACUCGGUGUGGUCUCUUGACACGGUAAACAACGAGCUUGCCGUCAGCAAGAAAACCCCAAUCUCAUUCGCCCAGUCACGGAUUUGGUUUUUGGAAAAGUUCCUGGAGGAUCCUGCCUCAGCGCUAAACAUCACUCUGACGAUUGAGCUCGACGGCUCUCUGGACGUCGAUCGGUUCGGGAAAGCAGUCAAGCUUGUUGGUCAGCGCCAUGAGGCGUUGAGAACGCGAUUCGUACAUGGAGACGAUUUUGAUGCGCCCAUGCAAGAAGUCCUUGUUCACUCGACGUUGAGCUUGGAGCAACAAGACAUAGCCAGCGACGCGGAGGCGGAUGAGGUGUAUCGCGAAUUGCAAAAAUACAGAUACAAGCUCGGUGAGGGCGAGAACAUGAGGAUCAUACUUCUCAAAAAGUCAAACCAAUUAUUCCACCUUGUUAUUGGAUACCAUCACAUAAAUAUGGAUGGCGUUAGUCUUGAAGUGGUCCUCCGCGAAUUGCAAAUGGCGUACGAUUCAAAAAGACUCCCGAACUUUGGCACCAUUCUCCAGUAUCCAGAUUUUGCCGCACUACAGCAGAAAGAAUACAAAUCGGGAGCAUGGCAAGACGAAAUCGAGUUUUGGAGGAAGGAGUUUGAUGGUCGUCCGCCCUCUGUUCUCCCACUCUUGCCUAUGGCCAAGACUCGAUCACGCACAGCGCUCACAUCCUACUCGAGCCACACUGCGGAAUUCAGCCUGGACCAAAUAACACUCGCUGGCAUCCAGUCUGCUUGCGAAUCUUCCAAGGCCACCCCGUUCCAAUUCCAUCUCGCCACCUUUUAUGCUUUGUUGUCCCGAAUGGUGGAUGCGGCGGAUAUCUGCAUCGGCAUCGGCUCGGCAAACAGGCACGAUACCGCCAUGAUGCAGAGCGUCGGCAUUUAUUUGAACCUCCUCCCCAUAGUACUCAAGUCUCAGCCCAACGAGACCUUUGCCAGCACUCUUAAACGAGUACGAAGCAAGGUCAUGACUGCAUUCGCUCACUCCAGGGUGCCGUUCGACGUUAUCGUCAACGAGCUUGGUGCGUCACGCGCCACUACCCACAACCCUUUGUUCCAAGUUUUGGUCAACUAUCGACAGGGGACAGCAACGAGGAGAAGUUUCUGCGGCUGCCAGAGCGAGGUCAGAUCCUUUGAGCAAGGACAGGCUGCGUACGAUCUCGGCCUGGACAUCAUCGAGAACCCCGGGGGAGAGUGCAAGGUUAUCAUGACUGGCCAGUCGACACUCUUCGUGCCUGAAGAUAUGGAUAUGCUGAAAGAUAUGUACCAACGACUUCUGUUGGCCUUCUCUCGCAAUCAGGCUCUACGAUUGGCGAUACCAUCGCUUUACGACCCAGAAAUGGUAAAACACGCGCUUAGAAUCGGACGAGGUCCCUCGUACACUCACAAAUGGCCCGAGACCUUGAUCCACCAAAUAGACGACAUAGCCAAGCAAAAGAGCCAUAGCCUGGCCAUUGUAGACGGCUCCGGAACAUUUUUGACCUAUGCGCACAUGUCAAGAAGAACCAACGCCAUUGCUGCCUCGCUGCGUGGCAUUCGACGCGGGAGCAGAGUCGGUGUCCAUCUCGACCCUGGAGCAGACUGGGUCUGCUCCGUCUUGGCCAUUAUGCGGCGAGAUGCAGUAUACCUGCCUCUCGAUGCUGUCUCGGGAUAUUCUCGAUUGUCUGCCAUUCUCCAAGAUAGCAAGCCGGACCUGGUGCUAGUGGACAACUCUACCGAGAAGGAUGCUACAGCUUAUUUCUCGCCUAUACUGGCAGCAGACCAGAUCUUCAAUAUCGAUACUGUUUCGGUCACCCCGCCCGAGACUUUGGCCAUCGCGGCGAAGCGAGGUUCGGUCGCUGCACUCAUGUACACCAGUGGUUCCACGGGAGUUCCCAAGGGAAUCAUAAUGAAGCAUGAGUCUUUUCGCAACAAUAUUGAGAUCAUAUCAGAGAAGCUGGGCUACAACAAUGGUCACACUGUCACACUUCAGCAGAGCUCAUUUAACUUCGACAUGUCUCUAGGCCAAAUCUUCCUGGCGCUUUCGACAGGUGGAACACUUCACGUAGUACCAAGACAUCUCCGGGCAGACCCUGUGGCGAUCUCUUCCAUCAUUGCCCUCCACGGCAUUACCAACACUUCAGCGACUCCUUCUGAGUUCAUCAGCUGGGUCCGAUACGGAAGCGUCGAAGAAUUGCGCAACUCGGCUUGGGCAGCAGUGCACAGCGGCGGCGAGCCCGUGAGGGAUAGUUUGAAGGCUGCCUUCCUCACGGUCAACAAGCCAGGACUGCGCCUCCUGGACUGCUACGGACCUACCGAGGUCACAUUCUGCAGCCAUAUUAGCGACGUCGACUACGGAGCGGAAGAGACCAGCAUGAACAAGGGACUUGAGGUGUUGCCUAACUACGCGACCUACAUUGUGGACUCGGGCAUGAAACCCGUUCCCGCCGGCGUUCCCGGGGAGGUACUGAUCGGAGGAGCCGGCGUCGUGGCCGGAUAUCUACACACAGAACUAAACACCCGAGGUUUUGCACAUGACAGCUUCGCUUCUGACGAGUUCCGCAAGCAGGGCUGGGAGCAGCUGCAUCGGACGGGCGACUUUGGGCGCAUCAACAAGCUCAACGGGCGCCUGCUGCUUGAGGGCCGCAUCGCGGACGACACGCAGGUGAAGCUGCGGGGCCUGCGGAUAGAUUUGAAGGAGAUCGAGGCUGCCAUGGUCCGCGCCGCCAAGGGAGACAUUCUCGACUGCAUCGUCAGCGUUGCACAGUCGGCCGACGUGUCAGACGAGUACCUGGUCGCAUAUGCCACCGCCCGCCCGGAUGCCAGCAACCAUCGUCUUGAGCACCUCAUGCACCAACUUCCUCUACCUCAAUACAUGAAGCCUGCCACGCUCGUUCUUUUGGAAAAGAUGCCUACCAACGCGUCAGGAAAGAUUGACCGAUCCGCGUUCAAGUCGAUUCCACUCCCAAAGGCCACCGAAGACAAUGGAAUGCAGCCCGAGGUUGGCCAGGACCUCAACGACACCGAGUCGCGGUUGAAGCAGUUGUGGGAGGGUGUCCUGCCCAAACACGUCUUUUCCCAGCACAAAUUCACAGCCGCGUCCGAUUUCUUCAACGUUGGCGGCAGUUCCAUGUUGCUCAUCAGCCUGCGAGCCAAGAUCCAGGACACCUUUGCGGUGGUGGUUUCGCUCUUCCAGCUCUUCGAGGCCAGCACCCUCGGGGAUAUGGCGGCCCUGGUCGACGAGCUUUCGAGCGGCAGUGCUGAAAAAACGGCAGGUCCCAACAGCGCUUUGGACAUCAACUGGGAAGACGAAACUGCCGUCUCGCCAGCGUUGCUGGGUAUUCCGGUGGAAAAAAAGUUUUUCACAAACCCGGAAAUUGUUGUGCUUACUGGAUCGACUGGGUUUUUGGGCCGAGCGAUUCUCACGCGUCUAUUAAACGAUGGUAUCGUUAAGGAAAUCCACUGUUUUGCUGUGCGGGAGGAGAUUCCUUUAUUCGAUUCACCCAAGAUUAUCGUCCACCGCGGGGAUUUAACGCUGCCGGGAUUCGGUUUGUCCCAGAAGGAGCUCGCAAGCAUAUUUUCUAAAGCCCACGCCGUUAUCCACAACGGUGCAGAUGUUUCUUUUGUUAAAUCUUACCACAGUUUGAAGCCCGCCAAUUUGGAAGCCACGAAACAGCUGGUUGACCUGUGUUUACCUUAUCAAAUAUCGUUUCAUUACAUUUCGACCGCCGCAGUCGUAAACCUAACCGGCGAAAAAAGCUGGGAGCAACGAUCCGUGGGCCGGUUCCCACCGCCCGCCGGAACCGAUGGCUACAUCGCGACGAAAUGGGCUUCGGAACGGUAUUUGGAAAAGUUUAACGAUCAAUACGGGCUCCCGAUUUGGAUCCACCGGCCGUCGUCCAUUACCGGGCCGGGAGCACCCGCCAACGACCUCAUGGCCAACGUGGUCGAAUUUUCGCGCAGUACCGCGGCAACCCUGAACACAAAUUCCUGGAGCGGUUGGCUGGAUUUCAUUUCGGUGGACGAGGCGGCGUUGCAAAUCGUCGACGAGGUGUACGAGGAUUAUUCGUGGCCGGGCCACGUUAAAUACCUGUACGAAUCGGGUGAGCGGGUCGUCGCGCUCGAAGAUAUGAAAAACGUGUUGGAAAGGGAAGUCGGGUCCGUUUUCGAGGUUGUCGAUGUGGAGGAAUGGAUUAGCAGGGCUGAAAAGCAAGGAUUUAACCCUUUGCUAGGAGAGUAUCUGAAGCGUGUCGCCAAUGCCCCUCUUGUUUUUCCUAAACUGAUUCGACACGAAGGUUUUUUUUAAAACCUAGCUUUUUUUCAAUUUGCAAUCAUGUUCAACUAAGAUAUUCCUGAUGGCUGGGUAACGCACACUAACGAACACGUCCAGGCAGAAUUAAUAGGGUAGGAGAGCCAUAUAUUGGGUUAAAUAGCGCUAUUUAGCCAAAAAAGCGCGGAAGCUCUUUUAUCCUGCUUUUAACGUUAAUUUAACGCUCGCUAUUAUAUAAUAAUUCGAUUUAUCGGAUUAUUUAAUACGAUAUACCCCCCAAUUAACCCCUAAUAUUAUAUUAGGGAUUAAUUGUAAUAUAACCCAAA